GAGAUCGCGAUCACAAAGUGUCCAUUCUCGUUUCGGUCGCAAACGGGUAAAGACCCACGGACAGGACAAGUUUGCAAAACCCCCCUCUUUGUGCUGUUUCUUCUCGCCGCCGCCGCCGCCGUCGUUGCCGCUAGCCGGCGUAGCUGAUAGGAAACCUGACCACCUGAGCCUUCUGUAGACCAGCCUCAGCGCAACUCCCAACCACUUCUCUUAUGGCGCUCCUCCUUCGCCGAGGCGUGGCCCUCGCCGCCCGCUCCUUCCGCGCCGCGGCCGCCUCCUCCGCUUCCACCACUGUGCACCGCCUCCCAGCCGGGGCGUCCCUUGCGGGCGCCGGGGAAUUGGCUCCGGCGCAGCUCUUCUUCUUCGAGAACCGAAGAGGCUUCGCGAAGGGGAAGAAAUCGAAGGAUGAUCGAGGUGACACUGUUCAAGCUGUUCCUGACAUUGGGCCAACUGUCAAAUCAGCUGCCACCGCACAAAUGGACGCUGCAGUGAUCGCACUGUCACGAGAGCUGAGCAAACUACGGACUGGAAGAGCUACACCUGGCAUGCUUGACCAUAUCAUGGUGGAGAAUGCAGAUGUUAAAGUUGCAUUGAAUCGCAUUGCCGUUGUUUCUGUCCUGGACGCACAUACCCUAUCAGUGAUGCCUUAUGAUCCUACUUCCAUGAAGUCGAUCGAGCAUGCUAUUAUCUCAUCACCAUUGGGCAUUAAUCCAACACCUGAUGGGAAUAGGAUUAUUGCAGCUAUCCCUCCGUUGACAAAGGAGAACAUACAGGCACUGUGCAAGGUUGUUACUAAAUCAGCGGAGGAUUUUAAACAAAGUAUUAGAAGAGCACGCCAAAAGGCACUUGAUACAAUAAAGAAGUCUGCAUCUAGUAUGCCCAAGGAUGACGUAAAGAGGAUUGAGAAGGAGAUUGAAGAAUUGACCAAAAAGUUCAUAAAGUCGUCAGAUGAUAUGUGCAAGGCUAAGGAGAAGGAAAUCAGCGGAAACUGAAGUCAUCUGUGGCGAUGAAGUUAUGUUUUAUUCACAUUAGUUGUGUUUUGUUUACAUUCCAACAAAGUUGAGCAGCUGAGUGGAUGAUAUAAAUUUCUCAAAUGUUAUUGUCCUAUUCUAAGUAAUACUGAUAGCACUUGAGAAAAGUGAGAUGACCAGGACAGGUUAGCUGGUGCUGUUGUAAUUUCCAGCCGCGCCGUAUUUGAUUAAAACUUGCAACACGACGAAACAAACUUCAGUUUGCU